AUGAACCAUCAUCACCGACGUGAGUCCUUCUCGGUGACUAUCUCUAACAUGGGAGGUGGUUCCACGGUGCUUUGUCCUAACACAGACCUUCUUUGGCCAUUUGGGAAGCUUAACGGUCUUAAUCAUGAUGAUAUCCGUGAGACGGCUUACGAGAUCUUCUUCACGGCUUGUCGGUCAUCACCAGGGUUUGGAGGUAGGACUGCUCUCACGUUCUACUCUACGCACAACAACAAUGACAAUCAUGGAGAAGGAGGAGGAGGAGGAGGAGGUGGCUCAAAUGGUGGUUCAGGGUUUGGGUUUUCAGGGAGGAAAGAGGUGGUGACAACCCCUACAAGCCGGGUUAAACGGGCUUUAGGUUUGAAGAUGCUUAAAAGGUCACCGUCUAGGAGAAUGUCUACAAUAGGAGUGGCUGGAGGAGCUGGGGCAAGUUCAUUGUCACCAGGUGGUGGAAAUAGCUCAGGACAUGCUAGUCCUGGAGCCGGGUUCUUGACGGUUCAGCCUACUCGACCUAGAAGACCGUUAACUUCGGCGGAGAUCAUGAGGCAACAAAUGAGGGUGACAGAACAGAGUGAUAGCCGUCUUAGAAAAACCUUAUUGAGAACGCUUGUUGGUCAAACGGGUAGAAGAGCAGAGACGAUCAUAUUACCGUUAGAGCUUCUCCGACACUUGAAAACAUCAGAGUUCGGCGAUGACCCCGAGUACCAUCUCUGGCAAAGAAGACAACUCAAAGUCCUUGAAGCUGGUCUUCUCCUACACCCAUCGAUUCCUCUAGACAAAACCAACAACUACGCAAUGCGUUUAAGAGAAAUCGUUAGACAAAGCGAGAAAAAACCCAUCGACACGAGCAAAACCUCAGACGCAAUGAGAACACUAUGCAACGUAGUUGUAUCUCUAUCUUGGCGCAGCACUAAUGGAAACCCUAGCGAUGUUUGUCACUGGGCUGAUGGUUACCCUCUCAACAUUCAUCUCUACGUAGCAUUAUUGCAGUCGAUAUUCGAUGUUAGGGACGAGACAUUGGUGCUAGAUGAGAUCGAUGAGCUUUUGGAGCUAAUGAAGAAAACUUGGUCAACACUAGGGAUCACAAGACCGGUGCAUAAUCUAUGUUUCACUUGGGUUUUGUUUCAUCAAUACGUAGUAACGUCACAAAUGGAACCAGACUUGCUUGGUGCAUCACAUGCUAUGUUGGCUGAAGUUGCUAAUGACGCUAAGAAACUUGACCGUGAAGCUCUCUAUGUGAAACUACUGACCUCAACAUUAGCCUCUAUGCAAGGAUGGACCGAGAAAAGAUUGUUAAGCUACCAUGACUAUUUCCAAAGAGGCAAUGUGGGGUUGAUAGAGAAUCUUCUCCCAUUAGCGUUAUCAUCUUCAAGAAUCUUGGGAGAGGAUGUGACAAUCUCUCAAGGGAAAGGCGACGUGAUAGAGAACACAAAGGCUAAAAUCUUUGCUACAGAGGAAGGAGAAGAAGCGGCUGCAACACUAUUACAUCUAGCCAAGGAAACAGAGGAGUUAGCGUUACGAGAACGUGAAUGUUUUAGUCCCAUACUCAAGAGAUGGCACUCAGCUGCUGCUGGUGUUGCCUCGGUGUCGCUUCACCAGUGCUAUGGUUCGAUCUUGAUGCAGUAUUUGGCAGGGAGAUCGUUUAUCUCGAGAGAUACUGUUGAGGUUUUGCUAACAGCAGGGAAACUAGAGAAGGUUUUGGUGCAGAUGGUGGCUGAAGAUUCAGAAGAAUGGGACGACGGUGGCAAAGGGUUGGUUCAAGAGAUGGUUCCUUAUGAAGUUGAUUCGAUUAUAUUGCGGCUUUUAAGGCAAUGGAUUGAAGAGAAUUUGAAGAGAGUUCAAGAAUGUUUGUUUAGAGCAAAAGAAACUGAAACAUGGAACCCUAAGUCCAAAUCAGAACCGUACGCACAAUCUGCAGGAGAGUUAAUGAAGCUAGCCAAGGAAAUAAUUGAUGAGUUCUUUGAAAUCCCUAUUGGGAUUACAGAGGAUCUAGUUCAUGAUCUUGUUGAAGGAUUAGAACAACUUUUCCAAGAAUACACUACCUUUGUUGCAUCUUGUGGUUCAAGACAGAGUUACAUUCCUACAUUACCUCCUCUUACAAGAUGCAACAGAGAUUCAAGAUUCAAUAAACUAUGGAAAAGAGCCACACUAUGUACCGCCGUCAGAGAAGACUUUAGCCACACCGCUCCCGCGUUAUCCGACGGCCACCAUCCACGACCAUCCACAAGCCGCGGCACACAACGUCUCUACAUCCGUCUCAACACAUUACACUUCCUAAGCUCACAUAUCCACUCACUAAACAAAACCCUCUCUCUAAACCCGAGGGUCCUCCCCGCGACCCGAAAACGUUACCGCCACCGAAACAACAACUCCUCUUCUUACUUCGACUUCACCUACGCUGGCAUCGAAUCCGCAUGCCAGCACGUUUCAGAAGUCGCGGCUUACCGUUUGAUCUUCCUCGACUCGAACUCUGUUCUCUACGAGAGUCUUUACGUAGGAGAAGUCGCGAACACGAGGAUCAGACCGGCGUUACGGAUCAUGAAACAGAACUUAACGUUAAUGUCAGCGAUUCUCGCGGACCGUGCUCAAGCGCUAGCGAUGAGGGAGGUUAUGAAGUCGUCUUUUGAAGCGUUUAUGAUGGUGCUACUCGCGGGAGGGUUUUCGAGAGUGUUUUACAGGUCGGAUCAUGGUUUGAUAGAGGAAGAUUUCGAGAACUUGAAGAGGGUUUUCUGUACUUGUGGUGAAGGGUUGAUACCAGAGGAUAUUGUUGAUAGAGAUGCGGAGACUGUGGAAGGUGUGAUUCAGCUGAUGAGUCAACCUACGGAGCAGCUUAUGGAAGAUUUUAGCAUUGUGACGUGUGAGACAAGUGGGAUGGGGAUGGUUGGAUCAAGACAACAGAAGCUACCGAUGCCUCCGACAACGGGAAGGUGGAACCGGUCGGAUCCGAAUACUAUUUUGAGGGUUCUUUGUCAUAGAAACGAUCGUGUUGCUAAUCAGUUUCUCAAGAAGUCGUUUCAAUUGCCUAAAAGGAGGUGA